AUCACCAAGCGACACAGCGUGCGUAUAUUUCACGCGUCCACUCUUUUUCAAACAGAUGACGGCAUAAAUAAAGCAAGCUAAAUUUAACACGUACUCAGGAGAGAUUUGUUAUACUUGCUUGGUCUCUUUAUGCAUCGUGGAGCCAACAAAUACAUUAUUCAGCUGUCAGAAGGAGGUAAAUAGCCUUAGCUCCACUACUUUUUGUCUCAGCGUGUAAAGUGUGACCACUCCAGCGUCUAAACUCGGGGGAGGAUGGACAGCGAAAUUCAAAGAGAUGGAAGAGUUUUGGAUCUCACUGAUGAUGCUUGGAGGGAAGACAGGCUGCCGUAUGAAGAUGUCACCGUCCCUUUGAGUGAAUUGCCAGAGGCGGAGCAAGACAAUGGAGGCUCCACAGAAUCUGUGAAAGAACAAGAAAUGAAGUGGACGGACCUUGCCCUGCAGAGUCUUCAUGAAAACACACCAAGUACUGGAAGCUGAGAGAGUAAACCGUGCUGUACCCAUGUAGCCCAAGAACACACCCAUCCAGAUGGACAUUGAUCCAGUUAAAAGUAUCUCACCGACUUUCUUCAUUUGUGUUUUAAUGUUAUGAAAACUUGAUACUUUGUAAUAACAAAUAGAUUUUUGAAUGAAUCUGUUUUCUGUCAGCAUGAUGAAUGGCACAUUGCUGUUUGAAGCUGCCCAGUUACACAUCAAUCUUCUCAGAAAAUGUUGUUCUCAUUUUGUGAAACAGUGGUAAUAAAUCCCAACAGAGUGAUAUUCAUCAUAUAAUACAUUCUUGGGCUUAAAUUAGUCACAUUUUAGUUGAACAAUAUCCUCAUAGCUACUUCAAACGCAUACAUUUAUUCUCAAAUUGUCAUGAGAUUGGUUUGAGCUGCUCCUAUCAAUUGGAAUUCUAGAGGGAAUUGCCCUUAAGGCAACAUGUCCACUCUAUACCUGCCUACAGUUUAUUUUGGCCAAAGAACAGGAUAUGUCUGAUUUCAGGUCAAUGUAAGGUAAAAUGUACAAAAAUAAAAAAUCUCUAUUUCUUAGAAUUCCAUGCUCAAUGUACCUUUUAUCAAAGUUGCUCAUGACAGUGCUCAUUUAAAGAUGAGUAGUUUUGGUGCUGACUGAACCCCAGAAAGAUGAUGGAAACCUAUUUAGAGCGGGUAAAAGAACUCUGCAAUGUCACAAAGGAUUUUGUCAUAAUCUGCCAGUCAGCCUUUAUGACUUGUGACCACUAGAUGUCCAGGCAGGACUUCGGAUGAGUGACACCAUGCUGAGCUGUACGCCUGAAAGUGGUGCAAAGAUGAAAUGAGGAGAACAUAGUACCCUCAUUUUAAUAUACCCACACUGAAAUGAAUGCAUUGAACAGAUAAUAAUCUGUCACAUUUUUAUUAUGUUUGGGAAAGAAAUGACACAUCAAAAAUAGUUUGAAAGAAAUUCAGUUGUUGUAAGCGGACCAGUUGAUGUAGCACAAGUUAAACAUUUAAGCUUCAGUCUUGCUAACUUUUCUGAAUAGUAGCACUACUAUAUGAAACCGAUAUUUGAAAUUAUUUUACCAUUUUUAAUGAUCAAUGAUG